AUGACAGGUCCUAAGAAGAAACGAAUGCGAAAAACCAAAGUUCAGUUAGAUUACUAUAAACUGUGUGCUCUGCGUGGCAUAGUAAAUAGUUACGCGUCAAGAAAAGAAGUACCAACGUUAGGUAAGAUUCUAGCUGCUGCUAAACACGAGCUAGAUUAUAGAGGUGGUAAGGAAUCGCUAAGAUUAAUAUUACUUAAUAAAUUAGGUAUUAAAUUUAAAAAAUGUGAAAAGAAAAAGAGUGUUAAACAAGAAGAGGUUCCUCCACAGUACCAGCCUCCACCCCCAGUAAUGACACAUAUCCAAAUGGAGCCAAUGAAGCCAGAAAACCAUUGUAUUUAUACAAAUAUGAUGCCUCAUGUUCCACCUGUGUCUUAUUAA